UAUCCAGCGCUUUGCUGAUCAGACUGCAGUUGUAUUUGGGGGAAGUUGGCAGCUGGUGGCUCACAGCGAGGCUUUCCUCUUUCCCCGGCGGUUGGACACCGGAAUUAUGAGCAGAGCUGACCCAGCCUCUCUCACCCUGUCUUGAAUCUGUUUGUGUUUCACGCCGAGAGAAUAUUAACCCACCAUGGAGAUUGGACUCCGCAUCCUCUUGCCUUUCCUCCUCUACCAGGUUGCCCAUGUAGGUGGCCAGGAGGAUGGAGGCCAAGGAAGCUGUGUUCCUGGCUUCCAGGUGAAAACCUACCAUGUGGUGUACAGUGGACCCUUCCAGAAAGGCCAGCCACUUACGCAAGUUGAGUUCGACGACUGUGCAGGGAAUGAGGAUGUGAAGUUUGACGUGUCGGAUCCCAGCUUCCGUGUGGACGGGGAUCUGAAUUUGGUUCCUCAGCAAGAUGCUGUGUCCAGCGGACCGGUCCUGUUCAUCCAUGGGGUCAGUGCACAUGCUGAUGAUAUGGCACAGGUGGAUGUCACCGCACUCCCGCUUCAGUCAGCUCACACUCUCAGGAAUAUCCUGGGUCUCGGCCAGACGUCGGCACACAGAUCCAAGAGAUCCCUGCUGGUUCCUCCCAUGAUUGUAACUGAAAACCAGAGAGCUCCUUUUCCCAGGAUCAUUGGCAAGUCUCACGUAAUUUCACCAGAGAAGCCAGGGAACCAUAUCUUCCGACUGACAGGCCCCGGCGCUGACCGGGAUCCCAAAGGUCUCUUCACCAUUGACAUCGACACAGGAGACGUGUCAGUCAGCCGCUCACUGGACCGGGAAGCCAUUGACUCUUACCAGCUGGAGGUUUCCACCACAGACUUUGCUGGAAACAUCAUUGAGGGACCUGCCAUACUCGUCAUCACUGUCAUCGACCAAAACGACAACCGGCCCAUCUUCAAAGAAACACGUUACGCAGGAGAGGUGCUGGAGGGAUCCCCGACAGGAACCACAGUGAUGACAAUGACGGCAUUUGAUGCUGACGACCCUGGCACAGAUAACGCUGCCUUGCGGUACAACAUCAUCAGACAGUCGCCGGACAAACCUUCACCAAACAUGUUCUACAUCGAUGCAGAAAGAGGCGACAUCGUCACCGUCAUUUCGCCCACGUUACUGGACAGAGAGACCCUGCCAACCACAACAUACGAGUUGGAAAUCGUUGCUAAGGACAUGGCGGGAAGUGAAGUGGGUCUAACAGGAACAGCAACGGCUACCAUCACCAUCACGGAUAAGAAUGACCACGCCCCUGAGUUCACACAUCCACUGUUUGAGGCUCGUGUGCACGAGGGCUCGACAGGCGUCGUGGUUAACCUGACGGUUGACGACCGAGACGACCCAGCCACCGGUGCAUGGAGAGCCAUUUACUCUAUAGUGAGUGGAGACCCUACAUACAGCUUUGAGAUCCAAACCAACCCAGACAACAAUGAGGGAAUGCUGUCAGUUAUCAAGCCUUUGAACUAUGAGGCCACUGCUUUCCAUACGCUACUCAUCAAAGUAGAGAAUGAGGAUCUUCUGGUCCCUGAUGUUGGCUAUGGCCCCAGUUCCACCGCCACUGUCCAUGUCACAGUUGAGGACGUCAACGAAGGUCCGGUGUUUUUUCCAGACCCCCUGAUAGUCAACAAGAUGGAAAACAUAGCUGUGGGAAGCUUUGUGGCUUCUCUCAAUGCUACAGAUCCAGAUAUACUGGAGAUACAGAGCAUAAGAUAUGCUAUCCUGCGAGACCCAGCGGGCUGGCUGAGCGUGAACCCAGUCAGAGGAACUGUCAACACCUCCGCCUCGCUGGACCGGGAGUCUCCUUAUGUCCAUGACAACAAAUACACGGCUCUCUUCAUCGCCACAGAUAACGGCACCCCUCCAGCCACAGGCACGGGCACAUUGAUCAUUAAACUGGAAGACUACAAUGACAACGCCCCCUACGUGGUGCCGUCGGUAGCACAAGUGUGUGAGGAUGCGCAUGAUAUGAAUGUGGCCAUAGUUGGAGGAUGGGACAAAGACCUCCCGCCUAAUGCUGCUCCAUUUAAGAUAGAACUAGGAAAACAGCCUGGCCUGGACAAAACAUGGAAAGUUACCAGAGUGAACUCCACACACUCCCAAAUCAUGCUUCUGCACAGUCUGAAGAAAGCCAACUAUCAGCUCCCGUUGCUCAUCACUGAUUCAGGGGUCCCCCCUUUGUCCAACAACACAGAGGUCAAAGUUCAGGUGUGCAUCUGCAAGAAGCACAGGAAGUUCUGCAGUGGAGCUCACUCCCACCGCACCAGCCUUCUCAUGCUGCUCGCAACCCUCCCGAUCGUCUUACUCUGCCUGUAAUUCUGCUGAGACCUCCCAUAGUCCUUUUUGCAACACUGAAAAGCAACGACUUAUCCUCCCCACGAGACCCAGGCUUAGGCAAGAAGCAGAAGAAGAAGAAGCAAGAUGUCUUCUCACCACGACAAAUCAAACAAGCAAAUACACACAAUCCCCACUGGCACAACAGCUGUGUAACACCACUCUGUUUUUAGUUUUUAUCUCUUUUCUCAGUGAUUUUUUACUUAUCUUGUCUUUUCUUCACUGUCAUCUACUUCAGUAUUCUCUCAUCACAUCUUCUUUUCCCAACUCUUUGACCUUACUCUCUUUCUUUACUCUCUUUUCUGUAUUUCAUCCAUCAUUAAUUAUUCCAUUUAGCUUUUCUGUGGUUUCUUUGUGUUUAAUUUUGGCACCUCUCUGCGCACUGGCACGCAAAUACUGAGUGUUAGCAGAGUUCAUGGCAACAAGCCACAUCUGUAGGAGAUACUUGAAGCAACAUGUAUAUUAAUAUUGUAACAGAACAGAAGAUAAAAAUCCAUUUCACAUCAAAUUCUCUCCUCCCCCACAGUUUGUCUGAAACCUCUUCAUGGCUACCUCUUACCUUUGAAAUCCUUCACCCCCUCCCCCAUCACUAUAUAUGAGCCUGUCUUCAGCUGUCCAUCCGUUGACCUCUCGGUCUCUUGCCGGACCAGAGGCUGAGCUGCUGUCCUGGUCGGGGAAGAGCAUCGACUUUCUGACGUGUUUCUUUGUUUUCUCGUCACAGACUGUGUUUGAUCUUGUUCCCCUCUUUAAGCAGAGACAACAAAGCCUGUUUUCUUUGUCUGCAGUGGUUGUGGUCUUUUAGGACACGGUGGUAGCCAUAAGCCUUCAAAGUCAGAAACUGGAGUUGUUUCUUCGAUUAGCUUCUGUUUUUAUUGCAUUAGUUGUCAUGGAGUGGAAAACAGUAUAUCUUUAUAGUAACGGUGUCAACCUUAAAAAAGAAAAGGAGAAAAAAAGUACUAUUAAAUAAAUAUUUUAUUUUUUACCAUUGUAUAAAUAUACAGUAUUAAUUAACUUAUGUACUUUGAUUGCAAGUUUUUGGUCAAGCAACAGUGAGUAAAUUUAAAAGAGGAAACCUUUUUUCUGUGAACUUUAGGUACUGUUUCUAAUGCUGUUGAUGUGAUUUUAUUGUAACAUCUGUUUUGUUUAUUUUUUUUUAUUUUCAAACCAGGAAUCUUGUUUUUAAGACUGCAUUUGUGUUUAGUUUUGAUUUUUAUCUCCUAUCAGGUCUGCCCUCCCUGUUCUCUGCCCAUCUCUCGUUAAGAAGAAAACAAAGGCUGUGGUUUUGGUGGAUAGUUUUGCUUUUUUCUCUCUCUUGAGCUCAUCUAAAGAACUUAGCGUGUGUGGGAUGGUUUGGAAGACCACUUUAAAGAAGAGAUGACAUUUUGAAUGAGUUGUGUCUGUCUUUUGCACUAAUUUAAUAAAGCCGUUACUGAAAAUUCCAA